CAGGGCAGCGGGCGCGCUCAGUCUGGCGGCGGCGGCCGUGCGCGGACGGACGUGCCCGGAGCGCCGCAGCCGCCCGCAGCCGAGCCGAACCGCGCGCGCCCGCCCUGCCGCCCGCCAUGGUGUCAUGGAUCAUCUCCAGGCUGGUGGUGCUUAUAUUUGGCACCCUUUACCCUGCAUAUUAUUCCUACAAGGCUGUGAAAUCAAAGGACAUUAAAGAAUAUGUCAAAUGGAUGAUGUACUGGAUUAUAUUUGCACUUUUCACCACAGCAGAGACAUUCACCGACAUCUUCCUUUGUUGGUUUCCAUUCUAUUAUGAACUAAAAAUAGCAUUUGUAGCCUGGCUGCUGUCUCCCUACACAAAAGGCUCCAGCCUCCUAUACAGGAAGUUUGUGCAUCCCACGCUGUCUUCAAAAGAAAAGGAAAUCGAUGAUUGCCUGGUCCAAGCGAAAGACCGAAGUUACGAUGCCCUUGUGCACUAUGGGAAGCGGGGCUUGAACGUGGCGGCCACCGCAGCAGUGAUGGCUGCUUCUAAGGUGGCUCGACUCUUUCAUUUUGUCUCCUCUUUGGACCUCAGAGAAGGGCAGGUAACCCCGUUGAGAGGCGUGACUAACUCCAAACUGAUCCAGUCGGGUAGAGAGGCCAGCAGCCCCCUCUGCCCACCAACACAUGGUCUGGAUCCGAGCCAGGUGUCUCUCCUACCAACACCUGUGUGUAAGAUACUUCUGCAGAAUUCUGGGGUUCUAGGAGCACAGCUGAAAGAACCCUUUGGCCACGUUUUGUUGACAUGCCCAGAGGGCCACAAGGGACAGGGUGCCUUAUCGGAGAGACUCCGGAGCUUCAGCAUGCAGGACCUCAGCACCAUCAGGGGAGACGGUGCCCCUGCUCCUUCGGGCCCCCCACCACCCGGGUCCGGGCGGGCCAGCGGCAAACACGGCCAGCCUAAGAUGUCCAGGAGUGCUUCUGAGAGCGCUGGCAGCUCAGUAUGUACCUGCUGCUCCACCUGCAGGACCUGGAAAGUGGUUGAGGGAGAUGUGAAUGAGGGUGGUGUGAAGGCAUGGGAGCCUCACCAGGUCCAAAACCCACUGGCGUUUUCUGACGAGGAGGAGGAGGAGGAGGACCUGCUGGAUUUCAUGUACAAGUAUAAGGCGCCUCGAAAGACGGAGCUCCCCCUGGAGGCACCGCCUAGAAUCCUUCGAUCUCGCUUCAGGAAGAAAAGUACCUCAUCCUUGACCACUGAAACCACGUGAGUGAGAUGAGCCAACAGCAACGGAUCCACAGAAUGUUUCUUCUCUGCCUUAAAGAGCUACUCACUAAUAACAUAGAAAUCCACACGCUGGUGUGCUUUGAGUGUGCAGCCUCACAGACACGGCCUUUUCUCUCUCCCCUCUUCCACUUCUUUUUUUUUCCCUUUUCUUUUCUUUCUUUGGUGGGGAGAGGCUAAAGGGAAAGGUGGUGUGUGUGGGGGGUGAUCUUUAAGUCUUCUGAAGUUAGUAAUUUUCCCCAGUUGGGUUAUAAUUAGACAGCAGUGUGUUUCUAGAACUACAAGAAGAUCCCCCCAACACUGCUGAGAUGUACAUUUGUAAUUUAUUUGUUGCAUACUUUGUUUUUAGUCCUGUAAAUGCAAACAAAGCAAUUUUUUAAAACUUUUUUGUUCUUGGUACUAAUACUUUGGACUACGAUGUACAUACUUAUGGUUUUUGGCUUAAUAUAAUGGACUCGUAAGGGCUGCCAGAGGUUCUGAUUUGUGAGAAAACUGCAAAAACAGAAGUGUAAAAAAUUUUUUGACUCUAGAGAAUGUCUCAGAUUUGCUUGUAGAGAUUCCAAAUACAACUCCAGUAAAACAUCCCUUUUCCUGCAGGACGAUGGUCCAUGUUCUUGACAGUUGUUUCAUCAGUAGACCAGAGAAGUUUAGAAUGAAGAGAGACGGGAUUGUAGUGACAGAUGAGUGUAAUGAGGUCUGGGGAACAGCCUAGAAUAAGAGAAGAGUCACGGAAAGCUUGUCUCUCCCUUGGACUCAGGAUCAGAGCCUCCGAAUCCUUUAGGGGGAUUUACUAUUGCCUAAGGCAGGUGGCUCACCUUUGGGAAAACUUCUUGGGGGAUGUGGACUCAGAACUGUUGUGAGGAACCAUUUUGAGUGCUGCAGAGUGCUUGAUGAAUGACUCUUUCUCCUUCAGAGUACCCAGUGCUGUGACUCCUCCACGUAGAGGAGCCUACAACCUGAGCACUUUGUUUUAGAGAACACUAAGCAAAAACCAACCAGCCAACCACAAGAAAAUCAAACCUAGGACUGUGCUUUGUCUCAGAUACCCUAUGAAAUACACCUGACACCUGUGUAACAAUCAGAAUGCUGGGUUCUAGAAAGGCUUCAGAGGUUGAGAUCUUUACGGAUCUGACUUGCUGCUCAGCAACAUGGGCAGCUGUGGCUCACGCCCUCCUGUCCCCUUCUUGGCUUGUGCAGAUCAUGAACAAGAGAAGCCGCAAGCUCAUGGGCACUCCAUGUCUUAACAGACAUUUUAUACAAGCCCAGAUCGCUUAGUAGGAGAAUAAAGCACUAUCUGAGGAGACUCCCUGCUUAGACUGAGAAUUUUAUCUGAAAAGACGAAUCUGGUUUAAAUAGCAUUUGGGUCUGAGGCAGCUGCUCUCCCCUUGGAGAGCUGAGCUUAAAUGGAGGACUCGUGUAUUUGUGCUUAGAGAUGGUGUUUUCUUCAGUGUAAUGCAUGCAGUGGUCACAACCCAGUUACUUAUAAUACUUGGACUGUGUUUGUUCAUAGAUAUGCCCUGAAGACUAGAGAGUUAGUGUUAUGUACCACAUAGAACUGUCAACCAGCUGUAAACAGGCACAGUUAGACGUUCCAUUACUGAGCUACGCGAACAUACACCAGUGGUCUCUGCUGAGACAUCAGCUGGAUCAGAGCCACUUCAGAAAGGGUUUUUACUUGAAAUUGAUUCUUACUAGGUAUGCGUAAUUAAAUCCCUUCUUCCCACGAUUCCUCUGCAGGUGACUUUGUAAUUUACAAAAGAUUUAGGAAAAUACACCUAAAAGCAGAUUUGUGGUUCAGAGGGCAAAGAGAGGCUGUCUGUUCAUUGUCUGUGCCCCACACCCACUGAUACCUACACCCGUUAGGGAAGACAGAAAAUCUGUUUGCUUCAAGCUCACUGAAUAGUUUCAGAAGAAAAAUAUACACUUUAAAACAUAUUUACCUGUUAGUUGGGAGUACCCAGAAUUAUCAGAAACAAGUGCAGAAAAAGCUUAAGCAGCUUUUUAGCAACUUUCUUUUGCCAAAAUAAUAAAUGCCUUUAGCAGCAGAGAUUAAAAUCCUAUUGUGAACAAGCUAUUUUCAUCAUUUUACAGUGGAAAAUCUUAGCAAGUAUAGGAUAUCAAGUUUGCACUCAACUAUGCCAAAAACAAGUUUGAAGCACUCUACUCUCAGACAUGCUGUAUUAUUUCUCAUUCAAGAGUUAAAAUAUAUAAAGGUAUCCAAACUGCUGUCUUAAUGUAAAUGUAACUAUUUUUCCUUCAAGUGUUGACUAGGGAGUUGGUUCCUCUCUUAAAAACACUCACUGUACAACUGAGAGCAGCUGUCAUAUUCCUGGCAAAAUGUGUUUACUUAUCCAACAAGCUGUAUAUUUGUGUAUGGACUGACAUAAAAUGUGAAUGCCUCAAAGUGUACACAUAGUGGUGUGGUGUUCUGUCUAGAGGAUAUAACUGAAUGUUUUUAAUUUGCUGAUUAUAGACACAGGCUGUUUACAAAAUGCUAGCUCAAAAGUCUGUGAUUUUCAUGUAAUAACUUUGAGUUAUCUGCCAUUGAGCACCCGUUCUGUCUCUGAGGUGAGAUGUCAUGUUGUACUUACAAACUGGAGAGUUUGUCCCUCCUGGCUUUGUGUGAAUAGCCUGCUCACUUCGCUGGCCUUUGAAAUGUGUGUUUUCCGUAGUAAACUGUUCGUAUGUUUGUGGUAAUUGUGCUUGUCAACCAUACCCACCAUUGAGCACCUUCCUAGUUCUUCACCUUGCACAGUAUUUGAAAUGGUAAAGGAUGUGCUUCAUUCUCAAACAGCACACACAGAACAGCUGACAUCCUAGAUUGUGACUGUGCGUACUUCCCUAGUUUAUUUCUGUAGUCCCUAUAGAACGAUCUGUAAUAAAAUAGUAUACUGGACUGUGCAUCAAAGGGAUGUAAAAUUACAGUAUUCCAAAGGUUGAAGUUCUGCUGUUUUGUUACAAUGCCUGAUAUAUAUCUUGAAUAAAGUCUUAACAUUUUUCUUUUAAAAAA